GAACUGCAUAUGUUGGGAUAUUUGAAAUCCGGAUGAAAGUUCGGACGAAAAAUGUCGUACAAUUCUCUACCACCGACAAGACUAAUUAAUAUUGGACAGAAUGGAGUGGGUCGAUAUGUUUGUCAGCUUAUGAGAAUAACCUUCAGAUUCUGUAAACACAGGUCGGACUGUAGAGGCAUGAGGGAUUUUGUAGAGAAUUAUCUUGUGGAUUUUGCCAGGAAAUAUCCCAACAUUGUGGUGUACGUAAAACCAACCCGCCAUCGAGGUGCUAACAUACGAGCAGAUUACUUGAAUGGCAAUUCUCAUAAGACUGAUGUGAGAAACAUGAACAUGGAGGAGAUCUGUAAGUGGGUGGAGGUAGCCAGAACUCGGUCAGGAGUGGAUAUAGUGAAGAGAACUAAACCAUUUCAUACUCACAACCCCAGCAUACAGGGGGUGUGGCAUCCAUUUUUAUUCAAAGAUCCAGCUGUAAAUUUAAAGACCUUUCCAGAUCCAAACUAUGGCAGAGUUUCUGUGAAACAAAUGACUGCUACAGAAAGGGUUCUACAAUUAGCAGAGAGAAUGAAACAGUUAGAGGUUCAGAAUAGCCCAGAAAGUAGUGAAAGUGAAUCUGUUGAAAAUAGUGAAAGUAAAGUCUGAUAUAUUUAUAAUCUUCAAAUAAAAUAUGUCAUUAUUUACA